UACCCCAUUCUCUUUGUUUGUAAAAUCUCUGUUUCACAAGCCAUCAUCAUCAUCAAUGGCGGCUGCUGCAAGAGUGUUGAAGAUGAUGAUGGGGGCAUCAACCAUCACAAUAUCUUCAUCAUCCCUUUUAAAAACUGCAGCCAAUAGAUUAAGACCAUGUUUCACUACACACCCAAAAACCACAUCAUCAUUAUUCUUGUCUUCAAAUUAUAAUCACAAAAGAUUUUUAACAUGUAGUAGAGCUCUUCAUAAUAACCCCACAACAGAUAUUAGAGUUAAAGAGGAUGGAAUCCCUGACACCUUUGAUUAUAGACUCUUCUUUUUUGAUAAUUCUUCUGCCAAAAAGGUUUCACCUUGGCAUGAUAUACCAUUGCAUUUGGAUGAUGGAGCUUUUAACUUUAUAGUUGAAAUUCCCAAAGAAACAAGUGCAAAGAUGGAGGUUGCUACCGAUGAGAUAUACAACCCUAUUAAACAAGAUACAAAGAAAGGGAAACUUAGAUACUACCCGUACAAUAUCAAUUGGAACUACGGAUUACUUCCACAAACCUGGGAAGAUCCAUCAUAUGCAAACCCCGAUGUCUAUGGGGCAUUUGGAGAUAACGACCCAGUUGAUGUUGUUGAAAUUGGGGAAACCCGUGGGAAAGUGGGCCAACUUAUGAAGAUCAAACCCUUAGGUUGCUUAGCUAUGAUCGAUGAAGGGGAGCUAGACUGGAAAGUUGUUGCAAUUUCGUUGGAUGAUCCAAGGGCUUCACUUGUGAACGAUGUUGAUGAUGUGGAAAAGCAUUUUCCGGGCACUCUGACGGCAAUCAGAGACUGGUUUAGAGACUACAAGAUCCCAGAUGGAAAACCAGCUAAUAAGUUUGGUCUUGGCAACAAAGCAGCUAAUAAGGAUUAUGCCCUGAAGGUGAUCGCCGAGGCCAAUGAAUCAUGGGCUAAGCUUGUGAAAAGAUCAAUCCCUUCAGGAAAGCUUUCACUUGUGUAAAUAAAUGUAACAUUUCAGAUGAUCAUUUUCUUCCUUGUGUUGAUAGUGAUGUGCAAUUGUAUCAAGGAUCAUUCUUUCCCUUGAGACAAUUCGGGCCUAUAAAGAAAUUUCUAACUUUACGAAUUGCUUUCAAGACCAUGUCCUUCAACCAAGUUGACAUGGAAAGCAAAAAACCAAACAUUCAGAUAGAUUAGAUUACAUUGUACAACAAUUUGGGGGCAAAAGCUAUUUGCAUUUCAUAUGUUGAAUCAAAAGUACAAUAAUUGAAUUUGCAAAUUAUAUACACAUUCUUUAAAUGAA